CCACGCAGGUAGAGAAUGAAGUUCACAGAAAUGAUGUCACUUGAUAUAUCUGACAGUACUCAAGUCUACGCUGCAUUUCUGGUGUACCUGGACCUCCUAGAAGGGAGAAACUGGCACGAGGUGAAGCCCGUUGGAGUAGCAGAACUGCAACUGGUGUGUUUACAUGCACGUGCAAGAGAGCAGGAGGGUCUCCAGGUGAUGGUGCCGGUGCCUGCCCACAUCUUGAUAAGCCAUGAGAGGUUAAGGGAAAUACUGAAAGAAGCCUCUCUCCCCCCAGAGGAUCCUGACACCCCGCUGUCAGUUACCUUGGCCAUAGUUGAGACAGAUUCCACAAUAGUCUAUUAUAAAAUGACUGAUGGUUUUGUAAUGCCAGACCCUCCUGAUGAUACUGAAGAUGGGGACAAUAAACAGUGGAGAAAGAAAAGAAAGAAGCUUUUCAAAUGAUUAGAACAAAACCAAAGACUUCUCUUGAACUCCUGUGCUCAAACCUAAACAAAUCCAGGAAGCGAUGUGUGUAAAUAAGGGCUGUGCUACCCUCUGCCCUGGCAAAUCAAGGAUCUGGUCAGGGAGAACAGAGGCUUGUGCAGCUGCACUGUAAUGAAAUGCCAUUUGGGGUAUGAAAUGGGUCAUGCUUUGAGACAGAUUGAUCCUGACUAAUAAAUGUACUUGUGAGAUGUU